CCACACUCUCUUGACGACGUCCUUCACAGCGAGGGGACAUAGUGUCUGUUUAUUGGACCCAAGGGGUUUAUUAAAUUUCUUCAAUCCCAAGCAUGGCUUCCGCGGCAGCUACAACAGCUGGCGAUCGCCCGCGGACCAAGCCGAGUCCUUUACGGUCUAUUAUUGCUGGUUCAACUGCAGGCGCUGUUGAGAUUGCUAUCACCUUCCCAUUCGACUUCCUCAAGACCAGAAACCAGUUGAAUCUCCGCCUCCCCGAUUCCAAGAAAGUCCCUUUACCUCCAUUCCCUUCCAGAGCGUGGUAUACAGGAUGCACCACAGCGGUGAUAGGAAACUCGGUCAAAGCAGGCGUACGCUUCAUGUCUUUUGACACGUACAAACACAUGCUCUCAGACGCAGAAGGCCAUAUAUCAGGACCUCGCACUGUCGCUGCCGGUUUUGGUGCUGGAAUUACAGAGUCAUUAUUGGCAGUCACUCCCUCAGAAUCGAUCAAGACACAAUUAAUAGACGACCGAAAGAGGGCACAACCUCGAAUGAGAGGCUUUAUACAUGGCUCAACUGUCAUCGCAAAGGAAAAGGGCAUUAAAGGGUUCUUUCAGGGAUUUGUCCCCACCACCGCUCGACAAGCGGCAAAUAGUGCCGUUCGCUUCAGCACAUAUACGAGCUUGAAACAAUUCGCAGAGGGCUAUGUCGCUCCUGGGGAGAAGCUUGGGUCGAUCACGACCUUCGGACUUGGAGCCGCAGCGGGCGUCGUCACCGUCUACACCACGAUGCCAUUGGACACAAUAAAAACGAGAAUGCAAAGCAUAGAGGCCAGCAAGAACUACAAAAACAGCUUUGCCUGUGCGACGAGUAUCUACAAAAACGAGGGAAUACUUACCUUUUGGUCCGGGGCUCUACCUCGGUUAGGUCGCUUGACACUGAGUGGCGGCAUUGUUUUUAUGAUGUAUGAGAAAACGAUAGAGCUCUUGAACGUGAUCGAUCCGCAUCAAAAAUAUAUAUGAACGGAGGCAUCAUCAACAAUACAAUCAUUGAAAGUUGUUCGAUCCAUCGUGUGCUAGACAAAACAAAAGUUGGUGGUGGCGGCGCAUAAUCCCUGGAUCUAGAUAGCCAAGGGAGCCCAUAUUCAUGGUUCAGCAUUAACAGGUGGAGGUCCUAGCAGGCGAGAGUAUUGAGAGACUCUGCUCGUGACAGGACCAAUCUAGAAGGGGUUUCAGUCAAGAAGUUUGACUUAGCCAAAUGGAAAAAGAUACCCCAUGUAAUCUUACAGAUAAAGAGACUCAUAUACCCAAG